GAGAGGCCCAAUGGUUUUGAGUAGGUCGGGGAAACUGAGCGCGAGUGUCUGAGACGUAGCCACGCAUCCCCUUAGUUUCUUUCCCCACUCCUCACCGAACACCAAUUCAAUUCAUCCAUUGAAUUGAUAUAUUAAUACAGGAAAGUGGGUGCAGCAGAAACAGAAACCGAAGUUGAAAAUGGGUGUUAAUUCAGAUUCAAAAGCAGCAACAAUUGAGAUAAAGGAUCUGAGAUUCACAUACCCUGGCAUCGACGGCCAUCCUCCGCCGGGUUCCACUUCUCUCAUUCAAGAUUUCUCUCUCACUCUCUAUUCCGGCGACCGCUGUCUUCUCGUCGGUUCCAACGGCGCUGGGAAGACGACAAUUCUGAAGAUACUAGGAGGGAAGCACAUGGUGGAGCCACAUAUGGUUCGUGUUCUCGGAAGAUCAGCUUUUCAUGACACCACUUUAACAUCUUCUGGUGAUCUCUGUUAUCUUGGUGGCGAGUGGAGGCGAGAUGUUGCUUUUGCAGGUUUUGAGGUUCCAAUACAAAUGGACGUUUCUGCUGAAAAAAUGAUAUUUGGUGUAGGUGGGAUUGAUCCUGAAAGAAGAGCAGAGCUGAUCAAGGUAUUAGAUAUCAAUCUUUCCUGGAGAUUGCAUAAAAUAUCUGAUGGUCAAAGAAGAAGAGUGCAAAUUUGUAUGGGUCUCCUCAAACCAUUUAAAGUUCUUCUUCUCGAUGAGAUAACGGUUGACCUUGAUGUUCUAGCAAGAGCUGACCUUCUGAGGUUUCUAAGAAAGGAAUGUGAAGAGAGAGGUGCCACUAUUAUCUAUGCAACACAUAUAUUUGAUGGUCUUGAGGAUUGGCCCACGAAUAUUGUUUAUGUAGCCCAUGGAAAGCUUCAACUAGCAAUGCCUAUGGACAAAGUCAAAGAAAUUAGUCAAUUGUCCCUAAUGAGAACUGUUGAGAGUUGGCUGCGGAAAGAACGAGAUGAAGAUAAAAGGAAAAGGAAAGAGAGGAAAGCAGCUGGUCUUCCUGAAUUUGUAAAGCAUGUUGAGGGAAGCCGUGUAACAGGGGAUCCAGCGCGGGCCGCGGUUCGAGCAAUUAAUAAUGGCUGGGCAGCAGGACGAUUACAUUCCACCGUUGCUGGUGAAGAAAACUUUCUCUUGAGCUCAAACCGAGUAUUGAGGCAGUAGAUAAAUUUCAAAUGCCACGAGCAUUUUCUGUUUAUUUUUACACACUUCGGAACAAAAUUUGCUUGCCAAUGCUUUCUGGCAUAUAUAUAAUCCGUUGUCACAUAGAAAGGAUCACAUGUAACAGGUUAUACACAAAAUGAAAGGUAAUGUACUCCUGUAAGCGUGCGUGUGUUUGUUUUUGGGUCGCAAUUUGUUACCUGUAUCAAUAAACAGCAUUUGCAAAAUUUUCUUAAAGGCUCGAUUCU